AGAGAGAGAGAGAGAGAGAGAGAGAGAGAGAGAGAGAGAGAGAGAGAGAGAGAGAGAGAGAGAGAGAGAGAGAGAGAGCAUUUUCUUUUCGUUUUUCCCUCGUCUUUCGUGGUCUUGCCGGCCGACCCGAUGGGUUCGGUGGUGAGCCAGGCGUGCUGUGGAGUGAGUCCUUGUUUGCGAGGGCAUGUCGGCGACGAAACGUGCGGGGCGAGAACUCUGCUUCAAGAGUGUGGCAGUCUAGGUCUGGACAUAUGCGACUCGAGCAAGUUCCCCUGCGGUGCGGCGAUGGCGGCUAUGGCGGCCGCGGCGGACAUUCUGCCCGGCCCGGACGGCGGCGGUCGCAGUCCCGGGCCUGGGAUGAGACGGAAGCUGUCGGGGAACUGUCUUGUCGUUAGCGACUGCGUUGCCAGCGAAGACGUCUCUUCGUCGCCCUCCUCGCCUUUUUGUUCGUCUUCUGAUUGCUCGUCCGUAGUGAUUAGUCCUCAAGACUUGAGUCUAAUUAGCAGAGCGAUCCUUCCUCCUCGUUCUAUAAAUAGAUUAACCUCCUCUUCCUCCUACUCAGAUGAGGACUCGGCGAAGACUGCGAAGACGAAGAUGAACAACACCGCUCCCUUUUCCGAGGCGUCAACGCUUAUUACGGACCUACCCGAGGUCCUGAUCUGCGAAGUUCUUGGGAGACUAGAACGACCAGAGGACGUUUGUCGUGUAGCGACCGUCUGCUCGCUCUUCGCGCACGCUGCGCGCAACGACAUGACGUGGCAGCAUUUCCUUCCACGUGUUUAUUACCAGCUAGGACUGCUCAGCAGGCACUCAGCCGGAGGAGGAGAUGGCGCUGGAGGCCGCCAUAGCCAUAGUCGGCGCAAGCACAGGCAGAGGAAGAAGGGCUCCUACCACCUCUACGAUGAUCAUGGGGGCACAGCGAAGGGUGAUGGGGGGUGGAGGACCAGUUUCAGACGACUGAGGGAGGGGUUUGUGGACCCAGAGAGUCCGCUCGUGCAUUACAGGCUCGAUCCCUCGACCGGUGUCGUGACGACCAGCUGCUCGGCCAUGGGAAUGGUGAUCACAGUCAGAGAGUACCCACCUUAUCCGGAGUUUGGCUAUUUUUGGAACAUAACGCUAAUUAAGGGAAGCGUGUUCGAGCAGGGAAUUGCGCUGAGAGUGGAUCCGUACGGGUUCAAGGUGAGUGGGACGCUGACGUGUACGGUGCCACGUGGCAGGUACAUGUGUUCGUGGCGAUUGUCCGUAGAUCCGCCGUCGUACGAUGGGGCGAAUUUCUGGGACGGACCAGAUGAGAGGUGGUACGAGGGGACGGUGCAGGUGGUCGGAGGACCGGUCGUUGAGCGGGCGGUCAAGAGCAGCGUCCGGUCGAUAUCCGAUUACUCCUCGCUGACGGAGGUGGAUAUCGGAGUCGUACAGAUCACGGGCGAUCAUUGCGAUCCCGACAACGAUCGUCGGAAUGACAGUAACAGAACUGCCACUGGAUUGGGGGGGAAGGUUAACGGCGGGGAGGAGCUGGUUCGAAUCACCGUUAACUUCCGUUUGGUGACUUACGACGGAGGACUCGUGCUCGACAGCUUUGUACUGAGACCUGUAACGGACCAAGAAGACGACUUGCUCGGAGAUCAAGGAGAGUGGGAGGAGGGGAGGAGAAGGGGUAGGGAGGGAUCAAUGGAGGAAGGGGAGGAGGGGGAGGAGGAGGAGGAGGAGGAGGGGGAAGAGGAGGAGAAGGAGGAGAAGGAGGAGAAGGAGGCGGAGGAGGAGAAGGAGAAGUCGCUGAGGUUACGCCACAAAGGCGAUGAGUGAAGGAGGAGGAGGAGGAGGAGAAGCAGCAGCUGAGGUAACCCGAUGAUUCGAUGCAGACUGGCAAGGACUUUGAUCAGCCAUUAGCGAGCGGAGACGGUGAUUCGUCGAGCAGGGUAGGAGGAGGCGAAGGAGCGAGCGGAGACGGUGAUUCGUCGAGCAGGGUAGGAGGAGGCGAAGGAGGGGACCAUGACUCGGAGAUAAUAUCUGUAGAGAGAUAAUCUGUGUAGAGAAUUCGUGCAUUCAUCACAGAGCGGCGAUGCUGAUGACAGGAGGAGGAAGGUCUCUGGACAGGUCGGCGCUCCAUCCGUUGCACCAGGCGCAGUGAGGUUUGCGAGAACAGACGAGUGAGAGAGGUGGAAGCAUGUGUGAGGAGCAAGAGGUUAGGGGGGAGGAGGGGGGAGAGGAGGAAGAAGAGAGGCAAUUGAGCAGGAGUGAGGGGAAGAGGCGGUACGGACGGACUACCACGUGUAGAGUUGCCCUGAAUCAGCACAUACGAGGAUAGAUCAUGAACGGCAUAGAGUUGAAACG